UAAAGCAGGGUCUCAUGUAUCCAUUUUGAUUAAUUGAUUAAUUCCAGAGGUAAAUUUGCAAUCAAUCUUUCAGCUUUCUCUCAGCUCUCUGGUUCACAUCGUAGUCCAAACUCAUCAACAAAGCACUACUCCUGAAUUCUAGUUCAUUCGUUGACCAUUCUCCGCUUCUGCUGUGCUUUAGUACUUUUAAGCAAGUAUGGAAGCCAACAGGGGCCAGAAUGGAAUUCAGCUGUUGUUAACCGCAGAGAAAGAAGCUCAGCACAUUGUUAAUGCUGCAAGAACUGCUAAAAUGGCUAGACUAAAACAGGCCAAAGAGGACGCUGAAAAGGAGAUUGCUGAAUUCCGUGCUCAAAUGGAAGCUGAGUUUCAAAGAAAGGUUGCAGAGAGUAGUGGAGACUCAGGUGCUAAUGUGAAGCGUCUCGAACAAGAAACAGAGGCGAAGAUCCAUCACUUGAACACAGAGGCUGCUAGAAUUUCUCAUGACAUUGCGCACAUGCUUCUGAGGCAUGUGACAACUGUGAAGAAUUAAGAUAUUGGGUUGAACUUGAUGGCGUUGGUACUCUGUUCUCUUCUCUUCAGUUCCUAUUUAUCAUAAAACGUCGAUUUCCUUCUUGUGACAUUGAGAAAAGCUUUGCUUUUAUCCUCUAUCAUAGAAUAUUUAUCAUUUGUAUUGGUUGAUUAUGUCAUUUUGUUCUAAUAAAACUUUCCAGUAUGCGCUCUCAUGUAUCA